AAACCCCCCCUGCCUCCUGCCGAACCCCACUGAAGCCUUGCCACGCGCUGCCUCCCUAGCCCCUCCUCCUCUCCCUCUCACACAGAGAGGCAGGCACCGCAAGGCCGCCGCCGCCGCCGGGGCCAGGGAACUCGCAGCCCUGUGAAGAGGUGCAGGCGGCGCGGAUGGUGGCGUGGUGGCGGAGGAAGGUGGUGCCCCGCGCGCGCCGCGCCUGGGCCGCCGUCGCCGCGCGGCUCCGCGCGCGCAAGCCCGGCAGCGGCGGCAUCCUGAAGCUCCACGAGGACGUGCAGACCUGCGGCUACAAGGACGUCCAGGUCAUGUUCGACAUGCUCACCUCGGAGCUCGAGGCAGCGGCUCAAGCCCAGAAGCCGCCGCCGAAGCGGGCGCCGCCACCUGUGUGGCCCGGCCGGUCCUCGUCGACGAUCGCCGCUGCGCAGUAGCUAGGGCCUGGCAACCGAAAGUGAAUCCGUCGGCGGUCGAGUGCUAGCAGUCUAUUGCAGUCUCUUUCAAUACCAGGCGUCCUCCCCCUGCCCAUCUUCCGGCAAAAAGAGCGAAAAGUUGCAGCAAGGACAAUAAGCUUCAGGCUCCCAAACGUCAUGUUUUGAGGUGUGUAGAUAGAGGGUGAUAUGAACCGGUGCUGGACAUUUUUUUUCGCCAGUUGGGAGGAAGAGGGAGCAAGAGGGGUUACUUUUCAAUUCCGUGGUGUAUUUUGGUUUCGUUUCAACAUGCUGCUCUCUGGUUUACAGCUUCUUCA